GGCGGCGGAUCCCGGCGGGCGACGGGAGUCGGAGUCUCUGGUUCCUGCCCCUGGUCCCGAGGCGGUGGUGGACGGGCGUUCCGGGAUGGCCUUCAUGGAGAAGCCGCCGGCCGGCAAGGUCCUGCUGGACGACACGGUGCCGCUGACAGCAGCCAUCGAGGCGAGCCAGAGCCUGCAGUCCCACACGGAAUAUAUCAUUCGGGUACAAAGAGGAAUUUCUGUAGAAAAUAGCUGGCAGAUUGUUAGGAGAUACAGUGACUUUGAUUUGCUGAACAACAGCUUGCAGAUUGCAGGCCUAAGUCUACCUCUUCCUCCCAAAAAAUUGAUUGGUAACAUGGAUCGUGAGUUCAUAGCUGAGAGGCAGAAAGGUCUUCAGAACUAUCUCAACGUUAUCACCACAAAUCAUAUCUUGUCUAAUUGUGAGCUGGUUAAGAAGUUUUUAGAUCCAAACAACUAUUCUGCAAGCUAUACUGAGAUUGCCUUACAACAGGUUUCCAUGUUCUUCCGAUCAGAACCAAAGUGGGAAGUGGUGGAACCAUUGAAAGACAUAGGUUGGAGGAUAAGGAAGAAAUAUUUCUUGAUGAAGAUUAAAAAUCAGCCAAAGGAACGGCUAGUGUUAAGCUGGGCUGACCUUGGUCCUGACAAGUAUCUGUCAGAUAAAGAUUUUCAGUGUCUAAUCAAACUUCUGCCGUCCUGUUUGCACCCUUACAUCUAUCGUGUUACCUUUGCCACAGCUAACGAAUCCUCAGCGUUGCUAAUUAGAAUGUUUAAUGAAAAAGGAACUUUGAAGGACCUGAUCUACAAGGCAAAACCAAAAGACCCAUUCCUAAGGAAGUACUGCAACCCUAAGAAGAUUCAAGGCCUUGAACUCCAGCAAAUAAAAACAUAUGGGCGGCAAAUAUUAGAGGUACUGAAGUUUCUCCAUGACAAGGGAUUCCCUUAUGGGCAUCUUCAUGCUUCCAACGUGAUGCUGGAAGGGGACGCUUGUCGGCUGCUGGACCUUGAGAAUUCCUUGUUGGGCCUUCCUUCCUUCUACCGAUCUUAUUUCUCACAAUUCAGGAAAAUCAAUACAUUGGAGAGUGUGGACGUCCACUGCUUUGGCCACUUACUGUAUGAAAUGACUUACGGACGACCGCCAGACUCAGUGCCUGUAGACUCCUUCCCUCCUGCACCGUCUAUGGCUGUGGUGGCCGUGUUGGAGUCUACGCUGUCUUGUGAAGCCUGUAAAAAUGGCAUGCCCACCGUCUCCCGGCUCUUACAGAUGCCAUUAUUCAGUGAUGUUCUGCUAACUACUUCCGAAAAGCCACAGUUUAAGAUCCCCACAAAGUUAAAAGAGGCAUUGAGAAUUGCCAAAGAAUGUAUAGAAAAGAGGCUAAUUGAAGAACAGAAACAGAUCCACCAGCAUCGAAGACUGACGAGAGCUCAGUCUCACCAUGGAUCCGAAGAAGAAAGAAAAAAGAGGAAGAUCUUAGCUCGAAAGAAGUCAAAACGAUCUGCUGUUGAAAAUAGUGAAGAGCAUUCAGCAAAAUACAGCAACUCCAAUAAUUCAGCAGGAUCUGGGGCCAGCUCACCUCUCACAUCCCCGUCAUCGCCGACUCCACCCUCCACAGCAGCUGCCUUAGGUUUGGGUAAAGAUGUAAAGGAAGGUAAGGACGUCCGCGUUACCCCCACCUCCUCCACCUGCGCCUCCACCACCAGCAGCUCCCUUGCCUCCUGCGAGCACAGAGGCGCCCACACAGCUUCCGCCCCAGGCUGUGAAUGGCGUGAGCCGAGGGGCCUUACUCAGCUCCAUCCAGAAUUUCCAAAAAGGAACUUUGAGGAAAGCCGAAACCUGUGAUCAUAGCGCUCCUAAGAUCGGCUAAAGCUUUGUGUUUACACUUGGAGGGAAAAGUUGUUUUGUUUUUCCUUCCACCUCCAACCCCUAAAGUACCCUCUCUCUGGAUGAGUAAUUGCUGAGCCAGUACAGUCACAUACGACUUCGCAGAUGCUCAUGUAAGAGGCUUUUCAAGAGGGAAAUAGUCUUCAAGUAGAAUAAAGUCAGGCUGGCAUUGCUGCCUUAAGAAACAGUUUGCUCCUUUGUUACUGUUGUAAAGGAGUCUUGCUCUUCCUCUAAUGGUCAUCUUUUGGUGGCAGCAGCGUAUUGGAAUCAAUUAUUUCCACCAACAGAAGGAAGUGGACAAAAAACAAAAACAAUGACAAUAUACAGUCACAGCGGUGAACGGCCUUUGUGUUGCAAUCCCUCCUAUCCCAUCAGACAGCUCCUAGAAAUGUUCCUUUCAUAGUUCAUUUCUCUAUUCUAAAGCAUUUUCUGGUUAUUUCUUAGAUAACUCCCAUUUUUGCUACCUUAAUUUCAUCUUAGACAUUAACACUGUAGCCCAAAGCAUAGUUAUGUCGCUGAGAGUCAGAGAAGCAACUGAGUUCUUCAUUUUCCCUUGAAGUAGAACGGGGAAAGUUCGUAACAGUCUCUUUAAGUUCAAACAGGAACUCCAUUGUGGUUACAGAACUCAGGGCUGCUAAAGAAACUACUCUAGACUCUUAGUUCCUUUUAGUUAGUAUGCAUCGAACAGACAAAAAAAAGUUGACAUCAGAAAAAGCUCUUGCCAAUUAGAGGAUCUUCUUAAUCCUCAGCAAUUAAGUCAAGUUUGGCGUUUGUGGGGGUGGGUUAUUAUUACAACACAAGUACAUCUGGCAAAAUCAGUUCUGAUUUUCCAAAGAUUUAUCCAAAUAUAUCAUCUUUUUAAUGUUACUCAUUUAUUAGAAAGAUCCUUUAUCCUAUGAUUUGCUUAAACCCUUAAAUAAAUUGCACUUUAAAGGAUUAUAAAUAAUCCAUCUAAAAAUUCAAGUUACACACAUCAGUGUUGGUUACUAUGCAGAGAGAAUGUCAUUGUGUAUAGUUUCAUGUAAUCUGUGAUAAAUGUUCAGCUGUAUUUUUUAUUAAAAUAAACCAUGUCUAGAAAAUG